UUGGCCGCUUCUUUAAACAUUACAGAAUUCCUUCUCUGAUUGGAUAACGCUCCCGUCCGUUCGCCGUGAUAGACGCCACACACACUGCUAGCUGUAUCGAAAAUGAAACUGGCUUAUAUCUGACUUCGAUAAGGGGACGAAAGGAAAACGAAAACAAGACGGUGAACGGAUAAAAAAAAUCCCCGUGGAUUCACUGUUUAUACCUGUCUCAACGGAGGUGAAAACCUAACGCUGGGAAUGUUGAGUAAACACCAGAUCUGGAUAGGACGUACUUUACUGGAAUGGAGCCCUGUGUGAGGACACUACAGUACGUGCCUGUUUCCAUAUUGAAUAAGAAGGACUGCCCUUUAACCCGGACAUCUAGUUUUGAACUGCCUUUGUCAGCAAGACUCCAGCUCCAGGGUUUCUGCUGUGUCAUUGAUCCUGACCUCUCACCUCACUUCAAGAGGUCUGUAGCAGUGGGCUUAUCUACUUGGUGAGACUGAAGCUGCUGUCACUAUGGCGCACUUUGACACAGAGUACCAGCGCCUGGAGGCGUCCUACAGCGACUCUCCCCCUGGAGAGGAGAACCUGCUGAUGCAUGUGCCAGAAGGAGUCAAAUCUCAGUGGCACCACAUAGAAAACCUGGACCUGUUUUUCCAAAGAGUCUAUAAUCUGCAUCAGAAGAAUGGAUUCACCUGUAUGCUGCUGGGAGAGAUCUUUGAGCUGGUUCAAUUGCUGUUUGUGGUUGGCUUCACAGUGUUCCUUGCCAACUGUGUGGAUUAUGACAUCCUCUUUGCAAACAAGUUUGUAAAUCACACUGAUUCGUCUAAAGUCACCUUGCCUGAUGCCAUCCUCCCAGUGAAUGUCUGCAGUGCACGUAUCCAAGGCAAUUCAUUUGUGAUCUUUGUGCUGAUAAUCUCUGGCGUAUUUUGGCUACAUCGCCUGAUCAAAUUCAUCUAUAAUGUCUGCUGCUACUGGGAGAUCCGAUCCUUCUAUAUUAACGCCCUCAAGAUGACCAUGUCAGAGCUCCCCUAUGCAACAUGGCAGGAGGUUCAGGCUAGGAUAGUGGAGAUCCAGAAGGAGCAUCAGAUCUGUAUCCAUAAAAAAGAACUGACAGAGCUUGACAUCUACCACCGCAUCCUCCGCUUUAAAAACUACAUGGUUGCCAUGGUGAAUAAAUCUCUCCUUCCUGUGCGAUUUCGACUUCCUUUACUUGGGGACUCUGUGUUUUACACCCGGGGUCUCAAGUACAACUUUGAACUCAUCUUCUUCUGGGGGCCAGGCUCUCUGUUUGAGAAUGAGUGGAGCCUGAAACAAGAGUAUAAAAGAGGAGGCAACAGGCUUGAGCUGGCAGACAGGCUAGCAUCACGUAUACUGUGGAUUGGCAUUGCCAAUCUGCUGCUGUGUCCGGUCAUUCUGGUGUGGCAGAUUCUCUACGCCUUCUUCAGUUAUACUGAGGUGAUUAAGCGAGAGCCUGGUUCUCUGGGAGCGAGAUGCUGGUCUCUGUAUGGUCGAUGUUACCUGCGUCACUUUAAUGAGUUGGACCAUGAACUCAUGUCACGCCUUAGCAAAGGCUACAAGGCUGCAUCCAAGUAUAUGAACUGUUUCCUUUCACCACUGCUGACUGUGGUGGCCAAAAAUGUAGCGUUUUUUGCUGGGUCUCUUCUGGCAGUCCUCAUCGCCCUGACCAUCUAUGAUGAGGACGUGCUCGCAGUUGAACAUGUUCUCUCGUCAAUCACACUGCUCGGAGUGUGUAUCACAGUAUGCAGGUCAUUUAUUCCUGAUAAGCACAUGGUGUUUUGUCCUGAGCAGCUGUUGCGAGUUAUCCUGGCUCAUAUCCACUACAUGCCUGACCACUGGCAGGGCAAUGCACAUAGAUAUGAGACCCGUGACCAGUUCUCCCAGCUCUUCCAGUACAAAGCAGUCUUUAUUCUAGAGGAGCUGCUGAGUCCAGUGGUGACUCCCAUCAUCCUCAUCUUCUGCCUGAGGAGGAAGUCUCUGGAGAUCAUUGAUUUCUUCAGGAACUUCACUGUAGAGGUCGUCGGGGUGGGAGACACUUGCUCCUUUGCCCAAAUGGACAUCAGGCAGCAUGGACACCCUGCGUGGAUGUCAGAAGGGAAGACAGAGGCAUCUAUCUACCAACAAGCAGAGGACGGGAAGACGGAGUUGUCUCUGAUGCAUUUUGCUAUCACCAACCCUCAGUGGCAGCCUCCUCAAGAGACCACGCACUUCAUCAGCCAGCUGAAAGAAAGAGUUCACAGAGAGGCCACCGGAGCCCCUUCAGACACGCAUCCACUCUCACUGUCAGAGUCUGAACCAAGGAGUCUCGUUGCAAACCUCUUGGCAGGUCCAUCUACCCUGGGCUCUGUUCAUUUUGGUCGGGACAGUUCUUUGACCAAUCAUGCAGCAGCUGGCAUAAGCGAUGGGGCAUCUGCCUUGCGCUCCCUUUCUCCAAUCAGCAGCAGUCUUCACCUGAGAGGCAGCUUGAGUGGAGCUCACAGGGCUGCUGGCCACACUUCAACCAUGAGCAAGGCCAUGGCAGGCUCUGGGACUGAUGCUCGAACUGUCAGUUCAGGAAGCAGUGCAUGGGAGGGACAACUUUCCAGUUUGAUCCUAUCAGAGUAUGCCUCCACUGAGAUGAGCAUCCAUGCACUUUACAUGCAUGAGCUCCAUAAACAGCAGUCACGUAGCGAGGUCUCUCGUCACACGUGGCACAGGCAGGAGAGUGACGAAAGCAGCGACAGUGUCCCGGAUGAGGUGAGGAGCGAACCCAGCGCUCACUCCAGACACUUCCCUCGCUCACACACCUUCCCCACAGCAGUACCCAGUCCCAGUGCCAUUCCCACUUCAGCUUCAGCCAACAACGGUUCUGCCCUGCGCCAGGAGGGGGCUCCAUUACAGAGCGGCAGCCAGCGCCGCCAUAGUGGAACUAUCACAGACUCUUUAGGUGCUGGGGGAAAGGCGGUGAGGUCGGCUCGUGUGCCAAUGGGAGGGUGGGCAGAAGAGGGUCAAGCAGCACCACGACACCAUGAGCCACUACCAGAAGAGAGCUCAGAGGAUGAGAUGCCUCCUCAUAUACACAAGGUUACAUAACUAAGCCAUGUGGAGAAGUAUCAGCAUCUCUCCCUCCUUAGCUAACCAAACACCCAUGAUCAUCCUUUACCAAACCUUCCUCCAGGAUCGACCGUCUGAUCUGUCACAGAUGAAGAUUGGCACGUGUGAGAGCGGUGUACCAUCAUCCCCUCAAAACACUCAACUACUGAAAUCAUCUGGAAGUUUAGAUUGUCCAUUUAAAGAUACAGUGGGAGACUGUAUGACUUACUAUAUGCCUUAACAGGCAGACAGGGUAAAUUUCUGAAGAGGACCUGCAAGGUCAAGUUAUUUCUAAUAGCCAUUGAUAACAUCAGAUUACACUACUCUUUUAUAAUGUCAAAAGGAUAACAUAAUGAACGUGCAUGUGAUGCUACACAGAAAAGAAAUUGUGAUCACUAUUGGAGGCAUUGAUGGCACUUAACUGAGGUGUCACUUGUUAAAAAAGACAAAUCAGUUUGCCCCAACUGUGAUCACAAUAAUAUGAAUUGUGCUGUCUCUAUUGUUUCCCUUUUUUAUAGACCAAGUGGCGUGAAAUUUGAAGAAUGUAUGGUACCUCUUUAAUAAUAACAGCAUUCACCGAGAUGUGUUUAGAAAGAUGCUGGUAGCACACUGACUGUCAUUGUGUGUAUACUGUAAGUUCUCAUAUCAAUAGUAGGACACUGUGUAUCCUACCUUGUGCUCUGUCUUUCAGCUUGCAGAUUGCCUCGUCGCAAAACACACAAAAGCCUCAAAUAGUGUAAAAUUCAUUUGAAACGUUCUUAUUAAUUAUUUUACUCUGUUUGGAUUUCUUUUGCAUUUCAAAGUUCAGUUCUGGCUCUGUUUGCUGUAGAGCAGCCAGGUAUUCUGCACACAUGCACUGUGUAAAUAAACAAUAUCAGGUUAUUUCUCAGCAUCCGUAAACAUGACUCAAUUAUCAAGUGUGCAAAGUUGUAAGGCCAGCAUUUUCGGAUGUGUAACCAGAGAUGAGGAAUGCAAGCACAUUGUAAUCCGAUUUAACCCAGGUUUUUAUUGUUUACCAUUCAUUAUUCUUCUACAGACUUGGUAAAGGGUAAAACAAGACUGUUUUCAGCAUGUAAUCUUGACUUUUGUGCCAUACAAAAAGCCCCCCCUCCAGCACAAAGUGCAUGAUCAUCAUCCACUCAUUCUUCUGAAGAGUUCCCACAGCAAGAAAGCUGCACCAUGAACCAUCCUCCUCUACGUCUUGUUUAAUCACAGCAUGACCGCCUUUUGUUCUCCUGUAAUUAAUCCACAAUUCUUUAAAAGAGCAAAUAUGCACUUUAAUAACAUGUUAAUGCAGAAGGUGUCACCUAACUGGGAUUGUUUAUAUGUGUAUGUUCUCAUAUAUAUAUAUAUAUAUAUAUUUUAUUUAUCAAAGGGAUGUGCCAAGAUUAUUGACACUUGUUGACAUUGUGAGUCAAUGCUGUGUUUCCUGUUGUGCUUUUUGAUGGGGGAUAAACGGAGCACUUUGUGUCACAAUGCUGGACUGAUAUCGAGGACGCAGUGAUUCAGUGCGGUAACGUUAACGUAGAAGUGAUUCCUGUUAUUUCUGUUUUAUAGAUCCUGUAAAGUACCAUUUUGUACAGAUUUAAAUGCAUUCAUUAAACUCUGGGCAAUGAUA